AUGUUCCGCCAGGAGCAGCCGCUGGCUGAGGGCAGCUUUGCGCCCAUGGGCUCCCUGCAGCCGGACGCGGGUAACGGGAGCUGGAAUGGGACCGAGGCGCCUGGGGGCGGCGCCCGGGCCAUCCCCUACUCUUUGCAGGUGACGCUGACGCUCGUGUGCCUGGCCGGCCUGCUCAUGCUGCUCACCGUGUUCGGCAACGUGCUGGUCAUCAUCGCCGUGUUCACAAGCCGCGCACUCAAGGCGCCCCAGAACCUCUUCCUGGUGUCUCUGGCCUCAGCCGACAUCCUGGUGGCCACGCUCGUCAUCCCUUUCUCGCUGGCCAACGAGGUCAUGGGCUACUGGUACUUCGGCAAGGCGUGGUGCGAAAUCUACCUGGCGCUCGACGUGCUCUUCUGCACCUCGUCCAUCGUGCACCUGUGCGCCAUCAGCCUGGAUCGAUACUGGUCCAUCACGCAGGCCAUCGAGUACAACCUGAAGCGCACGCCACGCCGCAUCAAGGCCAUCAUCGUCACCGUGUGGGUCAUCUCGGCCGUCAUCUCCUUCCCGCCGCUCAUCUCCAUCGAGAAGAAGGGCGGCGGAGGCCAGCAGCAGGCCGAGCCACGCUGCGAGAUCAACGACCAGAAAUGGUACGUCAUCUCGUCGUGCAUCGGCUCCUUCUUCGCGCCCUGCCUCAUCAUGAUCCUGGUCUACGUGCGCAUCUACCAGAUCGCCAAGCGCCGCACCCGCGUGCCGCCCAGCCGCCGGGGCCCGGACACUGCGCCGCCGGGGGGCGCCGAGCGCAGGCCCAACGGCCUGGGCCCCGAGCGCGGCGUGGGCCCCGUGGGCACGGAGGCCGAGCCGCUGCCCGUCCAGCUCAACGGUGCCCCCGGGGAGCCCGCCCCGGCCGGGCCUUGCGACACCGACGCGUUGGACCUGGAGGAGAGCUCGUCGUCCGAGCACGCGGAGAAGCCCCGAGGGUCCCGCAGGUCCGAGCGCGGUCCCCGGGCCCAGGGCAGGGCCCGGGAGAGCCAAGUGAAACCCGGGGACAGCCUGUCGCGGCGCGGGCCGGGGGCUACAGCGCUCGGGGCGCCGGCCACCGGGUCCGAGGAGGAGAGAGGCGGGGGCACCAAGGCGUCGCGCUGGCGCGGGCGGCAGAACCGCGAGAAGCGCUUCACUUUCGUGCUUGCCGUGGUCAUCGGCGUGUUCGUGGUGUGCUGGUUCCCCUUCUUCUUCACCUACACGCUCACCGCCGUGGGCUGCUCCGUGCCGCGCACGCUCUUCAAGUUCUUCUUCUGGUUCGGCUACUGCAACAGCUCGCUGAACCCGGUCAUCUACACCAUCUUCAACCACGACUUCCGCCGCGCCUUCAAGAAGAUCCUCUGCCGCGGGGACAGGAAGCGGAUCGUGUGAGCACGGAGCCCGCCCCGCUCCGCGAACAGACUCGCGCUGACCGCUGGCAGCGGGGGUCCGAGGGCGCGCUUCGCAGUCCCUGCACGCCGAAAACCCGGCCUGCCGACUGCGCCUUUCCCGGCCCGAGGGUGGCUGCGAGUCCUCCUUCCAACACCUGCUCCUCCCUACUAGGGGAAAACACGGGCUGGGAGGGCCACACGC